CACCCGACCGAUCAGCUCUCACUGAAAGUGUUCAGCUUCUCGUCGCAUCAGUUCGAGCAGGCGCCAUGAUUCAGCCCAGUACGAGCAAUCUCUGCUUUAGCAAGCGGUGCCUUUCUAAGCUCUGCUAUAGCAAGCACUCUACGCCAGCGCGCACAAGGCUGUCUAAACCUCACCGUCUCAUGCUCUUGCUGCUGCUUUCUGGUCUUAUCUUCAUCUCCGCGGCCUGGGCUGUGAGAUACAUCGGCAUGCCUUAUGAAACCUUGCCUCACAGGCGACAGCUGCUCCUGUUGCGGCUGAUCGCUAAGAGGUCAGAGUUGGUAACUCGGUUACUAACCACGUACGGCAAGCCCGGCUUGGAAACGGUAACGCCUGUUCAGAAGCCACCUUCGCCUGAUUCUUUCACAGAAGAGAGUACCUCUGGAGGUAACUCAUCGACUUCACAAUCGUACAGGGAAACAGACCGGCUGCAUAUGCGUCGCCACGUCAGACCGGACUACUACCUCGAGCGCGUCACGCCCAAAGAUCCGCCACGUGUCAGCACGAGCAGUACUAACACUGAAGUCUGCGUGGCAAUCGCUUCGAUGCCACGCGUCUUCCCAGAAAAGCGCAAGCUUCCGCCGUGGCACUUCCCCGUGUCCCUCCUCCGCCUGCUGGAGCAACGACGGUCUCCGCCCGACCGCUCAGACGGCUUUAAAGACAUGCGCGUCGUCGUCUACAGCUCCGGGUGCAGCGGGGAGCCAGAACCAGGGGGCGUUGCGAAACCAGCACGCAUUGCGAAACCAGCACGCGUUGCGAAACCAGCACGUUUUGCGGAUCCAGCACGCGCGACACCAGAAGCGUCAGACAAUGGCCAGUCUACGUAUACGAGAAAUGUUACGCAGGGAUUGGACCAGCAGCCCGCACCAGCUCCUCCUGGAGAUGUGGAAACGGGAAACCAGCUCCUCUUGAAUAAAGGGAUGGUUGGAGCGAAGCAUCAGCAGGCCCUAGAGUUGGCUGCACGAAACUCUUCGCUAAAAAUCGACGUGUUACCACCUCGCCGAGAUGUCUGCGACUUCGUUCGUCAGGGCGAGGAAGCCCUGCGAAACCUCGGUAUUACAGGCGUACCCACCAACCGCUGGAAGGCUUGGCGAUGGCGAACGAAACUGGUGAUGGAUUUCGUCUACGUCAUGCGACAGUGCAUGGCGACAGGACCAAAAUACAUCCUGCUGCUCCAAGACGACACAAAACCAGCCCGGCUGUACGAUAUCGGUAUCGAGAGAUUCAUUAACGAUGAUCUCAAGGGUAAAGAGUGGACCGUCCUAUCGCUUUACUACCCGCAAUCGUACCUCUGGCCAUACCGACAUGGAGGGGAAUAUUUCAUUCCCUGCUGCGCUCAGGCUCUGCUUUUCAACGUAACAUCGUUGGAAGAUCUGCUAGGGUUUGUGGAGCAGCAUUUCACGGAAGCUCCUAUGGAUUGGAUCCUAAGUCUAUACCUCACUAGUUCUAACCAGACGGGAUUUGUCCACGUGCCUUCAUUAUUUCAACACGUCGGUGAUGUAAGGACCAAAGCGCCAGGAGUGGUCUCGUCCACGCAUCGGGACUGGAACUUCCGCGACGACUACGUAGUUAAUCUACCAAGGGGAGCUGGAUCUACUAGGGACGAAAAUGUGGAUAUCGGGGAAGGCAGUGCCGAGCUGGAGCUUCGGAGACAGCCCCUCAGAGCAUACCCAGUUGAAGCAUUUUCCGAUACAGGUCUAUAAGACUUCAAUAUAAUCACAUCGAUGUU